UUGUUGUUUUCAGUUUUAACAGCAGCUUUACCAUGACAUCAUCCUGGCAUCAUUAAGACUUCUAAACUGAACUUUAGAAACUGAGAACAGAUCAUUUUCAGACACAGUUAUGACAAAAACAAACACAGAAGCAGGGUGUGACAUACAAACAUGUUAUCAGUGUAAAGCACACACGCACACACACAAACUCUUACAGUCUUUUACACACUCACACAACUGUGAAGUAAAAACUGUCAAAAGGCUGGUAAAGUUUUUCUUUUUUUAAUUUAAUACAUGUAAGGAAAUAAUCAUCAUCUGCAAGACACAGAAAUUGAGUGCAGACUUUUGAGUGAAUUAUUCUCACACACGUGAGCAGCUUUCUUCACUGCACACCUCUGCGUGUCUGACACCAUCCUCACACUAAGUUAGAGAAAUAUCUGCUGUAUUGCCUCUGAAGUUUAUGCGAUGAGCCACAUCUCAGCAGCCAAUAUGGAGCAGGACUAUAAAGAGGGGGACAGAGUCAUAAUAUCCCCAUCGGUUUUUGACCAUGAUACCAUUGUCACCCCACCUCCUCCUGCCCCUCCCCCACCCCUGCCAGUGGUAAACAUUCAAAGGAGGCGAAGAAUUAGGAGUUUUUACUGGAAGCCAAUUCCAGAGGAAUGCAUUCACCAGCGGGGGGCGCCCAACCUGUGGACAUUGGGAAAGCAUUCUGAUAAACACAAAUUUCACAUCGACAUCAGGACUAUCGAGGACCUGUUUGGUCACAAUGACAGAAAAACAGUCACCACAGCAAGCAACAAGACCCGCCGAGUGUGCAGCAAUUUGCCUGAGCAGAAGGAGGAGAUUAACAUCCUUGACCAUAAAAGGAGUAUGAAUGUAGCGAUUUUCCUCAAAUGCUUAAAAAAAUCCAUUCACUCUGUCAUUGAUGACAUUGUCCAUGGAAACAGUGAGGAGUUUGGAGCAGAACGACUGAGAGAACUGAACAAACUACUGCCAGACACACACGAGGUGGAGAAGCUGCAUUCAUAUAAAGGAGAUAAAACACACCUAAACAAUGUGGACUCCUUUAUGUAUCAACUUGCACUCUUACCCAGGUUUGAUCUCCGUGUAGAAGCCAUGCUGUUCAAAGAGGAGUUUUCUGCUUUAUGCUCAUCACUGAAACAAGAUGUGUUCAUUAUUCGCACUGCCAUCAGAGAAUUGUUGAGUUGUGUGGAGCUUCACUCAGUCCUUCACCUGGUUCUGGAUGCAGGAAAUAUCAUAAACACUGGUGGUUAUGGUGGAAAUGCUGUGGGUUUUAAACUCUCCUCUCUUCUCUCUCUGGCUGAAACCAAAUCCAAUAAACCAGGAAUGAACCUGCUGCACUUUGUUGCUCUGGAGGCCCAGAAGAAAGAUGACCAGCUGCUCAAAUUCCCUGAGAAGCUUCAGUAUGUCGAGAGCGCAGCACGGGUGAGUGUGGACAGUUUGGAUGUUGAUUUGGAGAAUCUGAACAGGAGAAUAAAAAACUUACAGCAGAACAUCCAGUGUGAUACACAACUACUGCAGCAACUACAUAACUUCCUACAGUGUGCAGCUGUUUCUCUGAAGGAAGUCAGUGUCUGUCGUUCUCUGUUGAAGACUGAAGGAGAUGAAAUGAUUGAUUUCUUUUGUGAAGACAGAGAGACUUUCAAAUUGGACGAGUGUUUCUACAUUUUCUAUCAUUUCUGCUCCAAAUUCUCUAACGCAGUACAGGAGAAUGUGGAACGCGCAAUGAGGGCAGAGUCUCAGCUGAAACGGCCUUCCUGGGUGGGACAACAUUGGGUGGGCGGAGUCUUGAGGUCCAGGUGCAGCAGUGAAAUUGAUGUUCGGGCAGCAGUGAAGUGGGAGGGGCUUAUAGAACUCCUUAAUGCCCAACCCCCCAGCUCCCACAAUUCUCUGGGGGGAUUUGGCCUCCAUCGCCCACGGCAACGGCUCAGUGGCAACAACAUAAAUAUAACAGACACACACUCACCAUCAGACACACACUCUCACUCAGCAUGCAUGGCUGUUCAUGUGGAAACCCACAAGCUGAUUCCUGAACUGCAAAACAGUCCCUUUAAAACUUUAUUUCAUGGUCACAAUGGUGAUGGCCCUACUGUGAUAUCCAGCAGCAAUGUAACAAUCGAUGAAGAGUUUCCACACCAAGACUCUGACAUCAAACAACUAGACAAGAACAGAUACAUGGGAAUGACUGCAGACCCUGCACAGUCAAGGGUAGAGGUUGACACAGAGUUGGUUUUAAGGGUGGAGCCAGAUGUAGGAUUGGGGGUUGAGGCGGCAUUGGGAGCAAACUCCGAAGUGGGACUGGGGGCAGAGUCAGAUAUGCGGGUGGAGUCAGCGGGUAGAACUCUAGAUCUGAUGAACAUACACUAUGAAAUACAAAAUGAGGAUGGAAACAGAAACAUGAGUCUUAAACACAACCUCAUCAUCUCUCCUGUUGCUGAAACCUCACCUACUGCUUCCCUUAGCAACCCAUCACAAUUGAAAACCACCAGGAAUUCAACUGAGUCCACCAAUCAGGAAUUAGACUGCAAAUAUACCCAUAAUUUUUUAGCAUCCAAAGGAGAGAAAAAGAGUAUUCAGUCAGUAAAUUCAGAAAACACCAUAUCAAAUAACACUGCAAGUAAAAGUGCAAACUCUUUCAGAAAAAUGCCACUGAAAAAAUCUCUAGUUUCUCCUGAGCCCUCCCACUCUUCAUCAUCACUGAAAUUCCGUUCACUUCAUCCUGUACGAACACUUACUCACACUGAGAAACAAAGCAUGAGGAAGGUUAUUUCUGUUAGCAGCACUAAGCCCCACCCCAUCACACACACUCAGAAUAUUAAAGUCCUGCCCCCAACUACAUAUUCCUCUUCAUGCACAGCUACAUCAGUGAACAUGAGCCCCACCCCCAAGGUCUCAUCUGCUCAGAAGUCUUUGGUGAGGAAGCAGGUGAUUCGUCAGAAAUCUGCACCCAAAGAGAAAAUAUGUAGAUCUACAUUGCGCACACUUGCCAUGCCUCCUCAGGAAAGUCACACCAAUUCCCACAAAACCACACCCCACUUUGUUUGCAGCACUGUGGCUUCCAGCACUCGCAGUGCUGUCACCACCGGUAACACCCCUCUCAGCAAGAAGGAUGUGUCAAAUACUCCAAAAGCGUCUUCACCAAAUCACAGAGUACCCCACAGGCCGAGCCAACUGAGCAUGCCCAGUAGAAAAGGAAGUACUGAUCUGCCACUUCCUCGUGGUCAUAUAAAAGACUUUAAGGUCAAACCUGUACGUCCGGCCUGGAGGUAGACAAGAUUAAAAGUUGAUUAAUUUGAAUUAAACAAAAUCAAAAUUUAGCUAAGUGAACUAAAUAAAUUCAACAUGUUUUUUUCUGGAACUAAAAAUUGAAGACAGUGUGUGUGUGUGUGUGUGUGUGUGGUAAUGAGUACAGUGAGAGUUUUGAAUUGUUUCGUUCAGCAAGAUUAAUAAAUAUUGAGCAAUUUUGGA